CUAACACUUGUCUGAGUGUCCCAGCAGGAGGAGCAGGUGCACACUUAAUGGGCGGCUCUGCAAGCCUCCGUGAGGAAGUGAGCACUGAGACAGGAGCUGCUGUGGCCUUGCCUGCUGGAGCCUCACACGAGGUCCAGGGUCCUGGUCAGCCCAGUGCAGGGCUGGACAGCCGGGACCCACUGAGGAGGCGACAGACUGCUCCAGGGACCGGAAGUCAUGAACAAGAAACACAAUUAGAGGAAGUCAAAAAGCAGGGCAAAAAGCAGGAUAGAAGGAAGAUGAAGAAAGAUUUCCGGAACUACGGGCGCAUCCUUCUCAGCUUCCUGGUUGGGGUCCUGGUGCUGAGAGUCCAGAGCUACUACUCCUCUCCAGCGCAGCAGGUGCCCCGGAACCCAGCCUUGGAGGCCUUCUUGACUCAGUUCAGCCAGCUAAAAGAGAAAUUUCCGGGCCAGAGUCCCUUCGUGUGGCAGAGAGGGCGAAAGUUUCUUCAGAAGCAUCUCAACUCCUCAGACCCCAGCGAGCCGGCCACCAUCAUCUUCACGGCGGCCCGGGACGGGAGGGAGACCCUCCGGUGCCUGAGCUACCACGUGGCCGACGCCUACACGUCUUCCCACAAGGGCUCGGCCAUUCAGCUCGACGGGGCCCAGAGGAGCUCUCAGGACAGUGACACCGUCAAGCUCUGGGUUGACCUGGAGCUGAGCUCGGGAUUCGAGAACGGCCAGAAGGCUGCCGUGAUCCACCAUUUUGAAUCCCUGCCCGCGGGCUCCGCCUUGAUUUUCUACAAAUAUUGUGACCACAAGAAUGCGGCCUUUAAAGACGUGGCCCUGGUCCUGACCGUGCUGCUAGAGGAAGAGACAUUAGAAGCAAGCGUGAGCCCCAGAGAAACAGAAGAAAAAGUGAGAGAUCUGCUCUGGGCCAAGUUCACCAAUGCAGACACCCCCAGCUCCUUCAGCCACAUGGACUCGGACAAGCUGAGCGGGCUCUGGAGCCGCAUCUCACACCUUGUGCUGCCAGUUCAGCCCGUGAGGGGCAUCGAAGAGCAGGGCUGCCUGGUGUGAGGGCGCGGGAGGCCGGGCUGCCUGGUGUGAGGGCAGCGCAGGGCAUUGUCAGGAAGGGGCUAGAUUAGCACAGCUUAUGGUUGGAAAAAAAGGGCUCCUCUCUCACUUUCUUGGCGAGGUUCUUUGUGAUCGAAGCUUCCACAAUGCUGACUACCGCCCUUCUCCCUCCCCGCAUCUUGCCUUUGACAAAGCCAAUCGAGAUACAGCGGGGUCUACAGAACUAAGGAAUUGUCUUUAAUCCCAAAGUAACAGAAUCAUUGCAUAGGAAGAGUCUUUUCAGGACCACCGAGUGACUUUGUCUUGAGUGAUGUUCUAACUAGCCGUUUUGGGUAGUGCUUGGACUCAGAGGAAAGUAAUUAGGGUGUGAGGCAGUGAUUU